ACCGAAGCGCUGGAGAUGCUGUGAGCAGAGUGAAAGCAUGUUUCGGCCGUGUUUUUCUUUUACAACGUGAUAUUUAGUCCAUGUAUCGACCAUCUCGACACGUGAACACAUGGUACGUCAUCGACAACAGUUAUAUAUCUGUUGUUUUUCUCGCAAGCUUUCUGAUUUGCACCGUUAGAUCAUCUCUCAGUGGUCCCUGUCAACCUCAUCAUCAUGGAGGGCCAGUAUGUCACCAUUCAUGGCCUCAACAUCACUCACAGCCCUCUUGGAGCACCGGCCAUGUCUAUCGACAAACUUUUCCCGGCUCUGCUGGAGUGCUUUGGCAUCAUCCUGUGUGGCUAUGUGGCAGGUCUCAGUGACAUCAUCAGCGUCGGACAGGUCAAAGGCCUGGGAAGUUUUGUGUCAUGUUUCGCACUUCCUGCGUUGCUCUUCAAGAACAUGGUGCAGCUGCAGUUUGAGCAUGUCGUCUGGUCUUUUCUAUGGAGCAUUUUGAUCGCAAAAGUGUGUGUGUUCUUGCUAGUUUGUGUGCUGACGCUGUUGGUGGCAAAUCCUGAGAGCAAAUACAGUAAAGCUGGGCUGUUUGCUAUCUUUGCCACUCAGAGCAAUGACUUUGCACUGGGAUAUCCUAUAGUGGAUGCGCUGUACAGGACUUCGCACCCAGAGUAUAUGCAGUAUAUAUAUUUGGUGGCUCCUGUGUCUCUGAUGCUGUUGAACCCUGUGGGCUUUGCUUUGUGUGAGAUUCAGAGAUGGAGACACACCAAUGACCGCAACUACAGCAAACUGCACGUGAUCUUUACAGUCAUACUGCAGGUUUUGAAGAACCCAAUAGUCUUCAUGGUUAUUGUUGGAAUUCUCUCUCAUUUCCUGUUUGGUGGACGUGUGCCUGUUUUGCUAGGAGAGUUUGUUGAUGGACUGGCAAACUCUUUUGGAGGGGCGGCACUCUUUUAUCUGGGCCUGAACAUGGUGGGACAGAUGGGUAAACUCACACGCAGCACUGGGGUUUCCCUCAUCCUGCUUAUCACUGCCAAACUACUAGUUAUGCCAUUGUUGUGUAAGGACAUGGUGGAGCUGUUGGAUGCUGGUAAUUCCAGCUCUGUAAAUCACUCCAGCCUGUCUGAUUAUGCUUUCCUUUAUGGAGUCUUCCCUACCGCUCCCAGUGUGGCCAUAUAUGCUGUCCAGUACAACAUGGAGCUGGAGGUGGUGACCUCUGGUAUGGCCAUUAGCACGUUCCUAUCAGCGCCCAUCAUGUAUGUGUCGGCAUGGUUACUGACCAUUCCGUGGAUGGAGGCCACAUCCCUGGUGACGGAGCUGCAGGACGUGAGCUUUAACAUCAGCAUUGUCAGCCUAAUAGCCCUGGGUUGGACCCUUGCUGUCAUGCUACUGAGUAAGAAGUUUAGGAGGCUGCCGCAUAUGUUUGCCACAAAUCUGUUCUUAGCACAGCUACUAGCGUGCGUGUCAAUGAUGUUGUGGAAGAUUUUUCUGAAGCAGGGGAACGUGUUUGGCCAAAUUCUCACCUUUACUCUGCUUUAUGGGUCUCUUUACAGUACCUACAUAUGGACAGGUCUUUUGGCGUUCGCUCUUACUUUAUUGGGCAGAAAUGAAAACUUGAAAGUGAAACCUAUCUUUUUCAUCAUCUUUGGUUGGGGAGUUCCUUUUCUGAUUGUGGGUGGGCUACUCAUGGUAGGACAAAGAAUGAGUGACAACUUGGACUCCGCAUUCUUUUAUGGCAAGGGGCAGAUUGUGUGUACUGUGGUAGUUCUGGGUUGCAGCAUCAUGCUGGGUGGUCUGUCUUUGAUGGGUUUGAGCCGAGGGGCCCAGGAGGAGCAGAACUAUCAAGCCCUAGAUCAAAACUCCGUGACAGGCACAUCAGAAGAUGUGAGACAAGCCCAGACAGAGAACCAGCACUCAUCUGAGCUCGAGCAAACCUACAGCAGCCUUAACACAGAUGUUUGUUGUAGUGAACCCAUGCCAGAUAUGAUAGUUGGGCAUCUUAACGACUCGCCAGUGCCUUCAGCAGGGAUUUUCCUGAGAGAGGCGUCAAGCUCUUCAGGUGUGCAGGAGGAGAGACAGAUAGCUCGACAUGUGCUCCUCUGCCUGCUCCUCGUUGUCAGCAUGCUGGCUAACCUGUCCAGCUGUCUGUGGUGGUUGUUCAGUGCUGAUCCAGGACGACUUUACCUCGAACUGCAGUUCUUUUGUGCUGUAGCCAAUUAUGGACAGGGUUUUAUUUCCUUUGCAAUUUUUGGGUUGGAUGAGCAUCUUAUUAUUCUUCCAUUCAAAAAGCGGCUGGCUGCUCUGUGUGGUUUUGGUGAGGAUGAAAGCCUUGAGUCUGCUGCUGUUACUGAGGAAAUACGACUGACCUGUACACAGUUUGUGAGAUACCACAAAGAUCAGUGUGUUCAGGAUAUUGUUCGCAAUAGAGGUGCUUCUUCUGAAUCUCUCACCGGACCAGUUGGUGAAUCCUUUCUUUGAUUGACAGGUGUACUCAUUGGUAUAUGAGUAUGGUUUGGUAUACUGGCAGUAAGUUCAUUGGCUCCUGUGUGUGGGUGUGGCUAAAGAUAGAAAGGUGUGGCCUUGCUUUCAGGACACAGCUGCAGAAGAACCGUGUCUUACUCCAUGUGACCCAUCUGUAUGGCUUCCAACUCCCUGUGGUAUUGCUUCAAAUGUACCUCCACUUUGUAAUGUGAUACGAGACCAAGCAAGAACUAAAUAGGCUAAAUUAUGACUGAGCUAUGAAACAAGCGGUUCUCUCAUCAGUUUUUGUUGUACUUCUUUAAUUACUAUGCAUGGCAUGCAAAGAGCACAGAACU